GCGCUGACAGCUCCGCCACGAUUGUAGGACGCGCGGCUCCGCCCCCCGGCCGGGCCCCGGGCCCAUUCAUAAAGUAACCGAGCCGCCGGCGGAGCGGAGACGCACAAGCACGCGGAGGAGGAGGAGAGGCGCGGAAAGUGAGAGCCUCGGCGCGCACUUCCCGGGGUGGGGAGGGGGAGGAGAAGCAACCCCGGGCACGGCAGCUACGCCCUCCUCCCGCUCAGGAUAAAACACAUUCUGUGCAAAGAAAAAAAAAUCAAAACAAUCUAUAUAGAGCUGCAGGACAGGAAUGAAAGAUCACAGACCAAGUGCACAAGUCUGCGCCUAAAGAUAGAGAAACCACAGAACCGGGUUCAGACAACGCCUCCAGCAGGAAAAGGGAAAUCAACAACACCCCCUGACAGUCUGAGAGCAGCAGCCAAACUCAUGCACAUCUCUGGUGGUGCCACGGACUGAGAGAGAGAGAGAGAGAGAGAGAGGGAGAGGGAGAGGGAGAGAGACAGAGAGAGAGGGAGAGUUCACUCUUCCGCUCUGGGCAUUUCUUGCAUUCUUCUCCUCCUCUCGUACUGUGUGCGGUUUUAAACUUCGCCGCCGAUCGGCUUUUCUGCGGGGACCUUCUGCGAGUCCUGGGGAAGUUUGCUUGGGUUGUUUUUUUUAAUGAACUAUUGAACCGUUUGUGUAGCUGCGUGGGGGGGGUGGGCGCCUCGGCGCAGCGGCGGCACGUACCUCCCUGCCCCCGCCGCCACCCAAAACUUGGCGCUUCGGGAGGCGGCAGGGACUGCCCGCGGCUCCGGCGCCGCCAGCUCGCUCCGUGCCGCCGGCGGCUCGCCCUCCGCCGGGCCGGGCAGCGCUCCGUCUCGCUCCUUUGUGCUCCGUCUGCCCGACCACCGCCGCCCGCCUCCCCGCUUUUUUAGCUGCUCGCACUUGGGCGUCGCUGCCGUCUUCUUGCCGGAGGGGGUGGGGGUCUGCGAUUCGGCCGGUGCCCUCCGCAAAGCUGCAGCCACCGCUAAAGCAUUGGAUCCCUCAACGUACUGCGAGAGCCCGGUGUACAGCCCGGACCUGUGCCCCAACAUGAUCGCCGCGCAGGCCAAGCUGGUCUACCAGCUCAACAAAUACUACACGGAGCGCUGCCAGGCCCGCAAGGCGGCCAUCGCCAAGACCAUCCGCGAGGUGUGCAAGGUCGUGUCGGACGUGCUGAAGGAGGUGGAGGUGCAGGAGCCGCGCUUCAUCAGCUCCCUCAGCGAGAUCGACGCCCGCUACGAGGGGCUGGAGGUGAUCUCGCCCACGGAGUUCGAGGUGGUGCUCUACCUCAACCAGAUGGGCGUCUUCAACUUCGUGGACGACGGCUCCCUGCCGGGCUGCGCCGUGCUCAAGCUGAGCGACGGCCGCAAGCGCAGCAUGUCCCUCUGGGUGGAGUUCAUCACCGCCUCGGGCUACCUGUCCGCCCGCAAGAUCCGCUCCCGCUUCCAGACGCUGGUGGCCCAGGCCGUGGACAAGUGCAGCUACCGCGACGUGGUGAAGAUGAUCGCGGACACGAGCGAGGUGAAGCUCCGCAUCCGCGAGCGCUACGUGGUGCAGAUCACGCCCGCCUUCAAGUGCACCGGGAUCUGGCCCCGCAGCGCGGCGCAGUGGCCCAUGCCCCACAUCCCCUGGCCCGGCCCCAACCGGGUGGCGGAGGUGAAGGCGGAGGGCUUCAACCUGCUCUCCAAGGAGUGCUACUCGCUGACGGGCAAGCAGAGCUCGGCCGAGAGCGACGCCUGGGUGCUGCAGUUCGGCGAGGCCGAGAACCGGCUGCUCAUGGGCGGCUGCCGGAACAAGUGCCUCUCGGUGCUGAAGACGCUGCGCGACCGGCACCUGGAGCUGCCGGGGCAGCCGCUCAACAACUACCACAUGAAGACGCUGCUGCUGUACGAGUGCGAGAAGCACCCGCGGGAGACCGACUGGGACGAGGCGUGCCUGGGCGACCGGCUGAACGGCAUCCUGCUGCAGCUCAUCUCCUGCCUGCAGUGCCGCCGCUGCCCCCACUACUUCCUGCCCAACCUAGACCUCUUUCAGGGCAAACCCCACUCGGCCCUGGAAAGCGCUGCCAAACAGACCUGGAGGCUGGCCAGGGAAAUCCUCACCAAUCCCAAAAGCCUCGACAAACUAUAGGGCUGACACCCACGCGCACAAAACUCACCCUCCGUAAACAACGACGGCGACUACAAACUUUUUAUUUAACGCGAGCGACGACAGCGAGAGGCGGCGGAACCAGCGCGCCCGCCGGCGCCGCGCCGCCCGCCCCCACCACCUG